AAGUCCCAGUCGUUCUCUCACCCGUUCUGCAAUCUCUUUCGAGCUCAAGUCGGCUUCUUCUUAGUUUGCUCUCUGUCUCCCUUAUUUGUAUCUGAAUCGAGUUGAUUUGGAUUAGCACCGCGUCAUGGCCGAAGGUGGAGCUGAGAAGUCGAAGAGGGUGGUUGUUGUGGGCGGCGGGAUCGGCGGAGGCUUCAUCGCGAAGAUCCUGCAGUCGUCACAGAACGAAGUAACCCUUAUCGACCCCAAAGAAUACCUUGAGAUACCAUGGGCACAGUUGAGGUCAAUGGUAGAACCAUCAUUUGCAGAAAGAACGUUGAUAAAGCACUCUGAGUACUUAACUGGUGUUACAAUCGUCUCAUCACAUGCAACGAAUGUAACUAAUCAUGAGGUCCAGACAGCAGAUGGUCGAACAUUUCCAUACGAUUAUCUUGUCGUGGCUACUGGCCACCCGGGUUCUAAUAAAGUAAACAUAAAGGAUAGACUCAGCCAUUUUCAGCAAGAUUAUGAGAAGAUUAAGUCAUCAAAUUCCAUUUUAAUCAUUGGCGGUGGUCCAACUGGUGUUGAGCUCGCUGGAGAGAUAGCAGUUGACUUUCCGGAGAAGAAGGUGACCCUUGUCCAUAAAGGGUCAAGGUUAAUGGAGUUCAUAGGCCCAAAAGCAUCCAGAAAGACAUUCAAUUGGUUGGUUAAAAAGAAGGUGGAAGUGAUUUUGGGACAAACAGUUGACCUGGAGUCUUUGUCAGAAAGUGGAGUUUAUGUGACAUCAGGCGGAGAGAAGAUCUCUGCUGAUUGUCAUUUUGUUUGUGUGGGCAAGCCAGUGGCUUCAUCAUGGCUGCAUGAUUCUAUCUUGAAGCAGUCAUUGGAUAAUAAGGGUCAGUUAAUGGUAGAUGCAAACUUAAGAGUGAAAGGCAGAGAUAACAUUUUUGCUGUUGGAGACAUUACUGAUGUCCCUGAGAUCAAGCAAGGUUUCCUUGCGGAGGGUCACGCUUCAGUGGCGGCCAAGAACCUGCAGUUAUUGAUCAAAGGGGCUCCUGAGAAGAAACUUGCGACAUAUAAGGCUUCCCCACCAAUUGCGUUAGUUUCAUUAGGAAGAAAGGAGGGAGUUGCUCAGUUUCCUUUUGUAACACUCUCUGGUUGUUUGCCAGGGAAGAUCAAAUCGAAGGAUCUGUUUGUGGGCAAGACAAGAAAGGCCUUGGGGCUUAAAUCCGCGUAAAGGAAUCGUCAUAGUUGCUCUGGAGUUCUAAAUAGUUUUUUGUGCUUGUAUUUUUAGUUAAAAUGUUUAUGUUUUGUCUUCCUGUCUUCUGCUUUCAUCGCUAUUGUUUUUCAGAUGUCCGAGGCUUUGGCGCCUACUUUGUCACUAUCAUCAAUUGAGUGUUGCUUGUUACAUUUCAGCUAUGUAAAGUUUGUUUUCUGCAUAUAUGUGAUCAUCAAAAUAGUCUGUCAUCGUAUACAAAUAUGUGAUUUCUAUAAAUUCUUCAUUUCUUAAGUUCUUCAAA